AUUUUUUCGACCGCGACACCACAUCGCCGCCGCCGCCGCCGCCACCACUAGUUGAUUCACGUUUUUCGUACCGGACGCGCGCGAGCCCGAACCCACCACCGACCGUAACCGACGCUGCCCGGCCACCGCCACCGCCACCGUAGUCUGUAGGGUCAAAAUAAUCGCAUCCCAUAUCGCUCGAACGCGUGUGUUCGUCCGUCCGUCCGCGUCUGUCUCGCGUCACACGCGCCCGCGCCAAAACGUACGCCCAUACCGUACGCCGCACACAAGGUGCCAGCGUUUUCGCGGUCAGUCGCAAAAUAUUUUAAAUUUACAAUAUAAUAAUAUUAAUAUCACCAUCGCACUGUUCGCAUUCACGAGCCACAGAAGAAGACGACGAGGAUAAAAAGGAUUUGUCUGGCCGGUUGAGGUACUGGGAACACAUUAUAUUUCCGGAAGAAAUGCAGUUAUGAUCCCACAAGUCAUGCAAGCACUUAUGGCCCUGUGUGCCUUGUUUAUUGCAAGUGCAUCCGCUAUACCAUGUCCCCAUCCGUGCAAAUGUUUCACCACCGAGAAUGGAAUACAAGUAGCUAAUUGUACUGACUUACCGGAUCAAAUGACGACCGCAUGGCCACAAAAAAUUCUUCGAAUUCACUUCGAAACUGAUCGAGCGUCAACGGUUAUGUUGAAAAACAAGGCGUUCAAACACUUCCCUAGGCUUACGUAUCUAGAUAUAACUGGAGGUACAAUACACUACGUGGGAAAUUUGGCAUUUGAUGGGUUGCCGGAAUUAGUGGAACUUAAUCUUGUAGGAACGGGUAUAAGAAAACUACACCGAAAUACAUUUUCAAACAACCGGAAACUGGCAUUCUUGUCCUUAAGUAAAAAUCCUAGACUCUUUGUAGGCCCUUCAUUCCUCGUAUCUGAAUCUAUAACUGAACUCGACUUAUCAGAAUGCGCGUUGACCACACUGAAAAGUGUAUAUUUUAAAAGUUUACCCAAUUUAAAAUACUUGUUUGCUACAAAAAAUGAUCUCAAAGUACUCGGUUCACAAUUUGGACCUUCCGGUGUCAAGUUUGUAAACCUUGCCCAUAACAAAAUUGAAUAUAUUUACGAGGAUUUGGAAGCAUAUAAACGUUUAAGAACAAUAGAUCUUACUGGAAAUCCAGUUAACUGUACGUGCGAACUUUCGGAAAUCGAUAAAAAAUUGUCAUCUAGGGGCGUAGCAUUUGGAAAUUCAAUAACGUGUAAUAAUACAGGAAAACCAUUGAGUGAUAUGUUAGAAGUAUGUUCAGACAAAGAAAUGAUGGGAGAUGACCCCAUGGAUAUGUACCAAGAAGAUCAUUUAUUAAAAAUUGAUAAAAGUACGAUACAAUCUGUGGAAGAAUUUGAUGAAUCUGGUUCGGGUUCAGGUAGCGGUGAUGGUGAAUUUAUUAUGACAGACAUUAAAUCUACAGCACAGACUGAAAUUCAAGAUAUACAUAAUAAUACUCAAAUUAAUGAAGUCAAAAAUAAUACACAAGUUGAAGAAGUAUUCACCAAAACUCAUGUCGAUGAAACAUUUAUAGUUCCUAAAAUCGAAACGACUUCGGUAGAACCAACUACCGCCGUGGACGUAUCGUCUAAAGAUACAGCGGAUGAAACUAUUAUCCUCCCGACUGAGGAAGUAAUGGUUCAUAUCCAACCCACAGUUCAUCCUUCUGAUAGCAAUUCCUCCACCAUGCGAUCUAGCAUGGACCGUGGAAUUGUUUCCCAAACGAUACAAGCGCCAGAAGACGAAGAAAAUGUCCAGAACAAAGUAGCCGAGUUCCUAAAAUCUAAUGUUGGAAUAACUGGAACAGCGGCUAUAUUAGCAAUAAUCAUUAUAGCUAUUGUAUACAAGGCUGUGUGCUUGGGAAAAUCACGGAGUCACAGUAUCGUGGCCUGCAAUGAUAAAUCCGUCGAGCUCAAAGAUAUAAAAUACGAAGCGGCAAACACGGAGGACACGCACAACAAACACGAAGAUUCACCGGCUAGUUCGGUGGAAGAGAACUUGCUGGGAGACCAAGAUAGUGAUGACGAAGACGACAGUAACGGAUAUAAUGAAGACGAUAUGUCUUCAACACUGGCAAUGAAUGGUCAUACUCAAAACGGUUUGUUGAACAGUGUAAUGGAUGCGGUGAAAAACAACGAAGAACCAGCGAAGACUGCGUCCGGCGGCCAAGACGUUCCUACCAAAGUAAUAGUAAAAAUGUGUGAAACUCCAAAAGCCUCCAAGCCAAUAACAAUUAAUAACGUCCAUUAAAUACUCUACAACGCGAAGUAGCUCCUAUGUUAUUGGACGACAUCGAAAAAAACAUAUCCAUAUGUAAAAUUCGUAGCAUAAUGUAUGUUUAUCAUUUAAAUGUAUUAACUGUGCCUCGUGUACAAUUCAAGUUUUAACAGACCAUUUUAAAAUAAACUAUAUCUACACAACAAAAUUAAAAUGAUAUGAAUCAAAACUCUGGUGUAUAAUAAUAGUAAACUAUUGUUGGGUUUAACGGUUAACUUUGUUCCAAGGUAUCAUUGUUGUUGUAUACAUCGACGGUUCAAUUUACAUUUGUAUCGUCGCCAACCUAGUAGGUACGGCAUCAAGUAAAUUUUAAUAUUUGUUUAGUUGUAUAAUAUGAUUAUAUUUUUAUCAUUAAGCCUUUGCCUAGUUAAAAUUAUACUAUAUAAUAUUCAUAUUUUUAGAGGUUCAAAACACUGUAAAUGUACAUUUUGCUUAAAUAUUUAAUAUUAUUUUAUUUAUUGUUUUUUCUACUAUUU